CUUGCAUUGCCAGCGCAAUAGUCCUGUAUUAGCCAUGCCUGCAACUCCUGCAUCCACUUCUGGCACUCUGAAUGCUGGAAGCCAUUACCGACCCCUGAAGCUGAGCCUUGCAACUAUUUCCUGCACAUUGGCAAUGGCUGGAUCGCACGUCCGCGCAUGCAUCUCUCAAUAUCAGACGGAAGCUGCCAACAAUGUUCUAUCUUCUGACCGGAUCAAGUAUUUUAAAGCAGGGCUGCAAUGGGAGAUGAAUUACUCCGCUUCACAGAAUAUUGUGUUGGUUCUUCUGGUCCUGGUCGCUUAUAUCCUUAAGUUGUAUCCCAUGCUAACCUGGAACACGGUUCUGGAUGAUGUCUUUUCAUUCCACCUCCUUGCAUUUCAUGAUGAGGCAAUUGCAGGACAUCCGUCCCGGAUUGUGUUUGAAUAUACAUGUCCAUGGCAGUGGGAUGAAAUAAUGGCUUCCUGCGUCUCUCACUACCAGUAUUGGGCGCUUAGUGUUGAGGAUGAUGCUUUGGUUCUUCAUGAGAAGUUGAAAAACACUUCGACUCCACCACUUAUGGGACUGAGGUGGAUUAAAGAACACAUGGAAGCAUUGAUGGAGGAGCAAGAUGAUGGCAUCCAAGCCAAGAUGGCAGAGGUGAAGAUGUACACUGACAUGCUUAGAGAAAUUGAGGAGAAGGCAAAGGAGUGUAGUCCCAUUCAGUCUUCAUUGUAUACAAGAUGUAAAAUAUUCUAUGCAUUCAAAAAUCUCGCGUCCGAGUCCCGGAAGCCCGGGUCCCGAGUCCCGAAUUUCGGUGUUCGGGGUUCGGCGACCCUGGAGCUCGGCAACCGUGUUGGGUGUCAGGGUAUCGGGAAGCAUUGGAGAUCGCAUGUACACUGUUCUGAAUACCGAGUCCCUGACGCCCGAUUCCCGAAUCACCAGACACCAACCAUGAAACACGAGACACUGACACAUGCGAUCUCCAAUGUUCCAGAUACCCUGACACCCAACACGGUUGCCAAGCUCCGGGUCGCUGAACCCCGAACACCAACAUUCGGGACUCGGGACCCAGGGCUUCCGGGACUUGGUAUUUAG